AUGAGCGAACAAAAUAUUUCGGAUAUAAAGGAGAACCUCAAUUUUAUUGUGAACGAAGAUGAGGAGUUCUUAAACAUAUUUAAUUAUAAAAACAUUAAAUGUUAUAAGACUCCCAAUUAUAUAUAUAUAGGACAAGUUAAAGAUAAUGACGAUAUGGCUACAUUUAAAAAUAAGGACGACAAUAUAAAUAACAAAGAUGUAAUUAAAAAGUCACAAACUAAAACUUUAGGGGCACAAAAAGAUAAAGUUGAUAAAAAUAAAAAUAAAAAAAAUUAUAAUUCUAUAAAAAAUGGAUAUGGUGCACUAAUAUCUAUAACAAAAAAUAUUGAUGGUUAUGAAAUUAUAACAAAUAAAUUUAUUGGUAAUUGGGUUAAUGAUAAAAGAAAUGGAUUAGGUUUUAAUAUAGAUAUAUAUAAAAAUAUAUAUUAUGGAUAUUAUGAAAAUAAUUUAAAAAAUGGUUGGGGUUAUUAUAAAUGGUUUCGAAGUGGAUCUACAUAUGAAGGAAAUUGGAUAGACAAUAUGAUGAAUGGUAAAGGUUUGUAUAUUAAUAAAAAAUAUAUAUAUGAAGGAGAUUUUUAUAAUAAUCUUUUUAUUAAUUCUAAAUGUGAAUGGAUAGAUAUAUUAGAAAUAGAAAUGAAAAAUAUGAAUAAAAAUUAUAUUAUUACAAAUGGGAGUAAUAACAAACUAUCUAAUGAUAUAUAUUUAAUUAUUCUUCCUUUUAAUUUUAUCAAAAUUAAUUUAAAAAAAAUAGCUACUUAUAUUAAAUAUAAUUAUAAUAAAAUACCAUUUUUAAUAUGCACCAAAAAAUUUAUACAACAAAAUAAACGAUUCGAUAUUACAAAGUUUAUUUUUUUAAGUUACUAUUUAGAUUCCUCAGAAAAAUUAAAUGAUGUAAAUAUGGAUUCUCUUAUUUUUGAUACCAAUAAAAAUGAAAAAGAAAAAAAUAUAUCAAAAAAUUAUGAUGAUUCUAUUUUGUCAGAAGAUAAAGAUAGUAAUUCAUCCAUAAAAAUACAAACAAAUAUUGAAAAAAUAUAUACUGAUGAUAAAUCAAAAAGUAAGUAUUUGAAUAAAUUUAACGAUAUGAGCAUAAGUAGCCAUUCUAGUGAUUCAAAAGGAGAAAAUAAUUCAACCAGUUCAACUAAUUCUAAUGAUAAAUGUAGUGACACAAAUGAUUCUAUUUCUAAUAGUGAUUGCAGUGAUAACUAUAAUUCAGAACAUUCAAGUUCCUCACAGAUAUCUUUACCAUCUAUAACAUCUAAGGAAUCACUUAGUAGUAUUUUUUCACAACAUGAUUCAAUAAAAAGAUGUAAUACAUAUGAAAGUCAGUUAAAUAAUAUACCAGAUUAUGCAGAUACAUCAUAUAUAUCAUCUACUAAUAAUAAAGAAGCAACCACAUCUGUAAUUGGUUCGAACGAAGAAGGAAAUAAUAAUAUACAGGAAUGCAAAGACCAUUCAUAUAUUCAUAUAGAAGAAAAUGAAGAAAAAAACAAAAAAAAGAAAAACGAAAUAAAUAACUUAAUUAAUAAGUAUUUGAAUAUAUAUAUUGAUACAGACAGUAGUUCUAGUGAAUAUUCUUUAAUAUCAAGUGAUAUGGAAAAAAUAAAAAAUGAAAAUCAUCUGUCAAAAAUGAAUAUAAAUAAUGAUAAGGAAGAAUUAAAAAAAAAUAAUUCAUUUAAAAAUAUAAAUAAAAUACCUGAAUCAAAUGUAUUAUAUGAUGAUAUAAAUAUAAUUAGAAAAAAAAUAUCCAAGGAUAUAUCAAAAAUAAGGAUAAAUAUAAAUCUUUUAAAUACAUUAAGAAAUUCUAAUAUAUCAUGUAUAUAUAGAAUAUGGAAGAAGAUAAAGAAUUCUUUAAAAAUGAAAUAUCCAUUUAUUAUUAAUUUUAAUAUAAAGAAAAAUAUAUAUCAAAAUGUUAAUGAAAAUAAUAUAUCUUUAAAUACAUUUACAAUACCAGAAUGGUGGAAUUUGGAUCUUUAUUUUGGAGAAUCUGAAAACAAAAUAUGUCAUGACAUUUUCGAUCCUUUAUAUUUUCAAUACAAUAAGGGAUACAAAAAAAUUAUGAAUAAAAGUAAUAUAGAACAAUAUGAUAAAGAACAAGAAGAUAAUAUGUCUGAUAUAUUUAACAUGAAAAUGUUUCUAUCGACAGACUUGUUGAUAGACAAUACGGAUGACAUUCCUCAACUAAAAAAUAUAAUAAAGGAUAAGUUUACAAAAUUAUCCUAUAUCAAUAAUUUAUUUUUUAUAAUUAUAGAUAUAAAUGAUAUAUAUUAA